AUGAGCUACUUCAGGCCCUUGACGAGGUGAAUCAGAUGAGCUACUUCAGGCCCUUGACGAGGUGAAUCAGAUGAGCUACUUCAGGCCCUUGACGAGGUGAAUCAGAUGAGCUACUUCAGGCCCUUGGCUAGAUGAAUCAAAUGAGCUACUUCAGGCCCUUGACUAGGUGAAUCAGAUGAGCUUCUCCAGGGCUACAACAAAAUGGUGAAAUGUCUGGGGGUCCCUGGGGAGAGGUUUGAAAACCGCUGACCUAGGCCUAGUUCCCUUGGUUAUGUGUGUUGUCUCUCCCAGGUGGUAGUGAAUGAGGUAGAGUCCCAGUCUAGGUAUGGAGCAGUGUGCAUGUGUGGAGCGGGAGCUGGAGAAGGUGCUCCAUAGGUUCGUCAUGUACGGACACCAGUCAGAGGAACGUCUGGACGAACUUCUACGCAGCGUCUGUGAGCUACGGGGACAGCUGGUUACAUUCGGGGUACGAGAUGCAGAUCUGACGGUGUUGUCUCAGACCAUGGCCCAGUGUUGUAAGAACAUUAAAGAAACGGUACAGCUGCUGGCCUCCAGACACAAGGACAUCCACGGCAGUGUCUCCAAAGUGGGCAAAGCUAUCGACAGGAACUUUGAUGCAGAGGUGAGUGCAGUGGUGGCAGAGACGGUGUGGGACUCACCUGAGAGACAGAAGUACCUGAGUGAGACCAUUGUGGAACACUUGUACAGACAAGGCAUGCUGAGCGUGGCAGAGGACCUAUGUCAGGAGUCUGGAGUAGUAAUUGACAUGAGCAUGAAGCAGCCGUUCUUGGAACUCAACAGGAUCCUGGAGGCCUUGAGGAUGCAGGACCUCAGACCAGCACUAGAGUGGGCAGUAACAAACCGGCAGCGCCUGCUGGACCUGAACAGUACCCUGGAGUUCAAGCUGCACCGCCUCUACUUCAUCAGCCUGUUAAAUGGAGGCAUCACCAACCAGCUGGAGGCACUACAGUACGCCAGGCACUUCCAGCCCUUCGCCUCACAGCACCAGAGAGACAUCCAGAUCCUCAUGGGUAGUCUGAUUAUUUUACAAUGCUCGUCUUUGUUUCUGACUGCAGUAUGUAUCUGUGAUCUCCACGUCUGUCCCUCUGUGUUGAAUGUCAGUUUUGCAUCAGGCUGCAUGGCUCUGCCCGUCCUGAUGAACAUCAAACAGGUGAUUGAACAGAGACAGUGUAGUGGAGUCUGGACACACAAGGACGAGCUGCCUAUUGAGAUAGACCUGGGGAAGAAGUGCUGGUACCACUCUGUGUUCGCCUGUCCCAUCCUCCGCCAGCAGACGUCAGAGAGCAACCCUCCCAUGAAGCUCAUCUGUGGACACGUCAUCUCCAGAGACGCCCUCAACAAACUCACCAACGCUGGAAAACUGAAAUGUCCCUACUGUCCCAUGGAGCAGAACCCGUCAGAUGCCAAGCAGAUCUUCUUUUGAUCCCCCAUCCUGUUUCCUGAAACCGCCAGGCCCUUGGAGCUACAGUAGCUACCUGCAACCCCAGGACCUCUGGAAAUCCCAUCCUACUUACUCACAGGCACCAAUUUGCCCCAGUGCCCCCCCCCAAACUCAGACAGAUCCCUUCCAGUGAUGGCUCAAGGCUGUAAUACUCCUGCCUCCUCUUGCCUCAUCAACAGCUCCUAGUGUACAGAGGGCUGAUGUGGAUGGCCCAUCAAACCACUUCUAUCCAUAGAGAGACAGAGAGGAGUCGGUCGGCAUGAAGACGAAGGAAACAUCUCAAAAGGAUUGUUCAUUCAUUGACACUCGUUCAUUUGCAACUGCCUGCUGAACUUAUUCUACUCUUUUUCUUUAAGGAUGUGAUGAGGCGUUUUGCUUUCUUUUGUGAGAUUUUGAUAGGGUGUCGAGUUGAGUUGAUAGGGUGUCGAGUUGAGUUGAUAGGGUGUCGAGUUGAGUUGAUAGGGUGUCGAGUUGAGUUGAUAGGGUGUCGAGUUGAGUUGAUAGGGUGUCGAGUUGAGUUGAUAGGGUGUCGAGUUGAGUUGAUAGGGUGUCGAGUUGAGUUGAUAGGGUGUCGAGUUGAGUUGAUAGGGUGUCGAGUUGAGUUGAUAGGGUGUCGAGUUGAGUUGAUAGGGUGUGAGUUGAGUUGAUAGGGUGU